AUGCCCAUGGCCAUUUCACAGAUUGUUGCAAAUAUGCCAUCCAGAAGGCCUCAUAAGCACUGGUGUAAAGUAUGCAACAAGAAAUUCCUUUCAGGGAAAGCUCUUGGAGGCCACAUGUCCUGCCACCGGCAUGCUGGCAAGCAGCCAAAGAGCACAGCUAGCCCUCCUGCCAUUGUCGUCGAUCUGCCUGUGCUGCUGCUGGGUCCCAGUGAUGAGAAGCCUUCACCGUCAUCUUUGGAAUCUCAAUGCCUGCGCUGCUCAAAGGUGUUCUCUUCUUGCCAAUCUCCUAGGGGGAACAUGGGGAUGCACAGUGAGAAGAAGCUGAUGGCCAAGCCUGAUGAAGAACCUGGACCAGCUGGGUUGAUGGAAGCUUGGGCCAAUGCUAAUGGUGAUCACGGGCACAAUGUGAUGCUAUUUUCUCCAGUGAAGCGUAAGCGAUCAAAGAGGGGGAUGCCAGUCCUCAAUUCAGAGAUGAACGCUGCAGCUGCUCUCUUGAUGCUUGCAGAGCAUUCCGACAAGACUUCUGCUGAUGAGGAUUGCUGUGGGGGAGAUAAGGAUGACAACAUUUCAACACCCAUGGUGUUGAAGGAGGUAAAUCUGAAUGCUUUUGAGCAGCUGGAUCAAUCUGAUGAGUUCACAAACAGUGCGAGGCUGAAAUCUGACAAGAAUCCAGCUUAUGAGGGUUUCUAUGAACACUGUGAGAAGGAAAACAGUUUGAAUUUGCCUGCUGAUGCUCCCAAGAAGGAAGUGCUGCUGAAUGUGUUUGAUUAUAAGAUGGAUGUAGAAGCUGAGUUCAUGAAGCCAGGAGCUGACAUUUCAGUCGAGGAAUUGAAGUCCAGUUUGAAUUUGGUUGCUGAUGCUCCCAAGAAGGAAGUGCUGUUGAAUGUGUUUGAUCAUGGGAUGGAUGUAGAUGCUGAGUUCAUGAUGCCAGGGGCUGACAUUUCAGUUGAGGAGUUGAAGUCCAGUGACCUUUCAGCUGCAAUGAACAUGAAGAGGCACCAGUGCAAGGUCUGUGGAAAGUCAUUGAGGUCAGGACAGGCAUUGGGAGGCCACAUGACAUUACACUUACACUUUGAGAAGAAGAAUAAGUUGAAUUCGGUUGCUGAUGUUCCAAAGGAGGUUCUUCUGAAUGCAUUUGAUCAUGAGGUUGAUGCAGAUAUAGAGUUCAUGACGCCAGGGGCUGCAAUUUCAGUGGAGUUGGAAUCAAGUGACAUUUCAGCUGCAGUGAACGUCAAGAAACACCAGUGCAAGGUCUGUGGAAAGUUACUAGGGUCAGGGCGUGCUUUAGGAGGACACAUGAGGUUACACUAUGUUCGGAAGUGCAAUCUUCACCAAGAGGUUGCUGAUUGUCCUUAUUCUGUUAUGAUGGAAGAGCAAAUGCAGAAGCUUGAAUUGGACUCUCCCAUUUUUUAUCGACGGAGACCACAUUCACAUGGUAGAAAAUCUGAUUCUGAGCCAUAA